AUGUAUGUUAUGCUCAUUUCUUUUACACUAAUUAAAACACAACUUCUAGGGCCUUGGAUCAUAUUCUUUUGCUUGUGAAGAAACAACAUUUUGAAGAAAUGUUGUCUUGUAUUCGAAACAAGAAUUUGGUAUGCUACCAUAAUGAUUUAAAAAAGGAGUUCUUGGAAUUGGAAUUGAGGGUUGAAGGAAAGUUAUUGACAGAAUUGGGAAAUACGAUGGCUAUAAUCGAACAUUCAAGUCGAAAGUACAUAAAGUGUCAGAUAUUUGAUAUUUACAAAGCAGCAGAUGAUCUGGAUGCCAAGAUAUUAGACAUUUUUUUAGCUUAUAUGGAUAAGCUUCCUGAUGAACCCUUGUUAAAUCAUACAAUCAAAGAGACUGAAUUGAUAACAAAGUUUUUGGAUCCAAUAUUAAAUGGGAUGUUAAAUGAGGAUGAACGCCCAGAUGCAGAGAUGGUUAUUUUAAAACAAAGAACCAUUGAUUACAAUUUUGGAUGCUGUGAGGUGAAGAUCAGCGAUAGCAGUAGCAAUACUAUCCAGUUGCAUAAUGAUAUGAUGAAGUUGGCAAGAUUUGGAAAAAAGCUUUGUGAUGAAGAGGAUUUGAAUGGUAGCUUGUUGGCAUUGGCAGUUGGAAUGAAGCUUACGUUUUAUAUCAUGGUGAUGCAAUACAAACGUUUUCAAACUAAGCUGACAAGGAGUACUAUAUUAUUGAAGAUAUACGAAAAAAGGCUAUCAAACGCGAUUACCUGUCGACAGGUUCAGUGGCUACGUUUGAGGACAUGAAUUCUAUAAUGCAUGGGCUUCAAGAAGAUGUAAUGUUGGUAGAGGACCUUCAAAACGUAUAUAACGACAUAAAAACAGCGUUGUGUAAUUUAACAAAAGUUGAUGGCUCGUUCGUACU